GAUUUGUGUUAAGCGUUAUUCUGUUUCAGAUUGUUGGUUAGGCUUGUGUUUAAUUUCGGGUGUAAGUUUAACCUAGGUAUUAUGGCUAAUUUAAGCGGUUGGAGGUAUGCUAGGUUCCUAGGUGGAAUUGCAGGUUUAAUUGGUUUAGCACUUUAUCCAAUUAUUGUAUAUCCAUACUUUCACGUUGAAGAAUACAAAGACAUACAGAAGAAGACAAGAGAAGGAAUUAACCAAGAGGCUAUCCAACCAGGAGGUAUGAAAGUUUGGACAAAUCCAUUUGAGGGGAAAACAAAAAGCUGAAAGCAUGUAAUUCUUUCACAUUUUAUACACCAGUUGUAUGUAUACAUAUUGUUAUUAACCUCCUCUGUAAAUAGUUAAAAUACUUUAGCUGUA